AAACGAAUUUGGUGCAGUAUUUAUUUAACGUAGACCUAGACUUCCAGACAAGAUUUUAUAAUGAAUUGUAAAGCUUUGUUUAGUAACCGAUUACUGUUAUAAACUUUUAAUCAAAUAUUAUAGCUUACAUAAACAUCGCCCUUUCCUAUCCUUGAAACAUACAUAGAUAUUGAUUAUAACGAACAAGUGCGCAUUUUCAUUAUGAAUUUAUUACUUUAUUUUUUGUCAACAACACUAUACUUAAUUUCAUUCUGAAAUUUUAUGUCAUUAAUACAACUGUGUUGACAACAGCCCCAUAAAAUGUCCAUCAACAUAAAGGGGUCUCGUCUGAGGCUAACAAAUUAUCGUGUAGAAAUUUUAUUGAAUAAUGUAAUUGACAAAGAUUUGCAGAAAAUGUUGUUACCUUUAAAUAUCAUACAGUGUCUUACGUUCUGCCCAAAAUAUCAAAUCAGGGAUAACUUUAUCACGUCAAACUGUCGUGCAUUAAAUGUUGUGUCUUUAUUAGGAACAUUGGUUUUUACAGGAAUUCUUGUGAUACGUGCGAGCCUAGCUUUUGAAUCAUAUGUUCCACCAGCAUUCUUCAUCUCCCAAAUUGUCGAUUCCGGAAGUUACUUCGUCGGAUACAUCAUUAACUUCAUUGUCAGUAUUAAGUAUUCCGAACAUAAUGUCAAGUGGGUUUUGGCAAUCCAAGACGUUCAUAGAUCACUCAAUGAUGAGUCUCAAUUCAAAAGCAUCACUAUUUGGACUUGGAUUGUUUCUAUAUUUGUCACAAGUGCGUAUAUUGUAUAUUUCAUUUAUUUUCAAAUAAAAGUGAGCACUACAACGGUUAAUAUUGGAACUUUAAUACUCUCAGUGUUUGAUUUUAAUAUAGUAUAUGCUAUCAAAUUGAUAAAAUUCUUGAAAUCAAAAGUAGUUCUAUGGAAUAUCGAAGUUGUAAAGACAUUGGAACUUAAAAACUAUGACACCAAGGAGUAUAAUGACAAAAUGUUUGAAGUGAUUGUCAAAAUAUUCGACUGCUAUAAAUUGUUCAAAGUUAGUUUUAAUCAUUUGAUUCUUUACUUUAUUCUAAAUGUCUUUACGCAUACCCUGCUUUACACGGGACUUGUGUUACUAAUAAUAGACGAUAAAAACCCUAAGGAAUUUAUUCCUAAUGCAACCUUAUCGGCCGUGUCCAUAUAUAUGUGGUUGGCAAAAGGUAUUUUAUUGCAAGUAAUACUAACUCAAGAAUGCGAGAAAUUUUAUAAAGCUAUUGAAAAUGUUCAAGAUACGUGCGCAAUUGUAUUCAAAUCUGGAUGUUCAGGAUCCACUGGAAUUUUCUUCUUUGUAGAUGACAUGAAGAGGCUAUGUAAGAAUGUGCAGCGCUUGCAUCGAGCAUCGUUCUCUAAGAUACAGUUGUUUGGCCUGUUCCAAGUUGACGCUGUAUUGAUCGUGCAAAUGAUAUCUGUUAUUACUAAUUACGUCAUAGUCAUGCUACAGUUUAUUUUCUUAUAGAUCCCAUGUAGUGAGAUGUAAUCA